GGCCAGGCGGCUCGGACCGGGCAGGGCUUUCCUUGCCAGUGGAUUGUGUAGAAUAUAUUGCCAGGCUCUUGUCUUCUGUUCACCAUGGCUUCUUCUGAUAUCCAGGUGAACGAAUUGGAGAAGCGUGCUUCAGGCCAGGCUUUUGAGCUGAUUCUCGGUCCUCGAUCAAAAGAAUCCGUCCCAGAAUUCCCCCUUUCCCCUCCAAAGAAGAAGGAUCUUUCCCUGGAGGAAAUUCAGAAGAAAUUAGAAGCUGCAGAAGAAAGACGCAAGUCCCAUGAAGCUGAGGUCUUGAAGCAGCUUGCUGAGAAACGAGAGCACGAGAAAGAAGUGCUUCAGAAAGCAAUCGAAGAGAACAACAACUUCAGUAAAAUGGCAGAGGAGAAGCUGACCCACAAAAUGGAAGCCAACAAGGAGAACCGCGAGGCACAGAUGGCUGCCAAACUGGAGCGUUUGCGAGAGAAGGACAAGCACAUUGAAGAAGUGCGGAAGAACAAAGAAUCCAAAGAUCCUGCUGAUGAGACUGAAGCUGACUAAUUUGUUUUGAGAACUGAUUUUCUCCCCCUCCCCUUCCUAAAUAUCCAAAGACUGUACUGGCCAGUGUCAUUUUAUUUUUGCCCUCCUGACAAAUAUUCUAGAAGCUGAUGUAGGACCAUAGGUAGAUCCAAAUUGUAUGAUGUUGUUUUAGGGGCUAAAGGGGAGAAACUGAAAGUGUUUUACUCUUU